AUGGUGUCAUCGAAUUGGUCAACGACAUUGAUCAUCUAUCAUGAUCGAAACAGUUCGACGAACUAUACGACUCAAUGUUUGUUCGAUAUCACUGCGUUUCUCCGCUACGCUGGAACAUUGACUGUCAUACUCGGCUUGAUCGGUAAUUGUUUAUCCAUAGUUAUUUUCAGCCGCAAAGUACUUCGCUCGCGUUCCUGUUCAAUGUACUUUCUUGCUUUAAGCGUCAGUGAUAUGUGUGUAUUAAUUGGAUAUACAAUUGAGAAUUUACUUUUCUAUGGCUAUGGCAUUCAACUUCUCUCGAAUAUUUUCAUGUGUAAAAUCGUUAUUUUCCUUAUUUAUGCGUCCACUGACAUAUCGAAUUACUUCUUAACGCUGGCUGCCAUUGAUCGAUGCAUUUUAGUCUCCCAUCGAACGGCUCAUUAUCGAUUUUGUCGUAAACCCAUUGCAAAAAUCUUUAUUGUCAUAGUUGUUAUUCUUUUCAGUUUGAUAAACAGUCAUUUUCUGUAUGGAUUUCGGGUGGAUUCCACCGGCGCAUGUUUACCAGCAGCGACCGAUUCUAAUACCGUUUUUGAUUAUAUUUAUAUGUAA